AUGGCAUCGACUGAUAAUUGUGGCUUCUCGGACAUUGAAUCACAAAGUUCCAAAACUUUAUUAGAAUACGAAGAAAUAUUGUUUCAAGAGUCGGUAUCAGAAAAAUUCAAAAAUUUCACCCAUGCAGCCCAUGGUAUGCUGUAUGCUUUGGAUGACCGCUUAGUAUUUGGUAUGUUUCGACAAAGAGCAGCAAUAUUGAUGCAGUUAAGAUUUGAUGGAAUAUUGGGAUUCCCUGGAGGUUUGGUAGAUCCUGGAGAAAAUCCAAUGGAAGCAUUGAAUAGAGAAAUGGAAGAAGAGAUUAACUUAGAUUUGACACAACAUCCCUUUACAAAUGACAACCAUCUUGUGACUUUUUUACAUCAUAAAAAGCAGCUGGUUUUACAUUUUUUCACAAAAGAAGUCAGUUUAGAUCAGUUUAAAAACAUUGAACUGAAAUCGUUAAAUGCUAAAGAAUAUGGGUUAGAGUGUUUUGGGUCAAUUAGGCCACCACUAUUUACAAUGGAGGAUGGUUUUAAAGGACUUCCAGCCUUUUUAUCCAAUCAAUUCGCUGGAAAUUCCCGGGAACAACUGCUGUACGCCCUUAAAAGUAGAAAUAUUAUUACUUCAGAGGAAAUUGCUACUUGUGUUGAAUCAAUGAAAAGACAUGUGGAAAACAAUCGGUGA